ACAUGGCGGCGAGGGAGACAGUGUGGACAGAGGGGAAGUUCCAUUGUUCAACAUUGUAAAAAAUCACUGACUUGGUCCUCUUUUAAGGAUGGAAUGACCAAAAUUGACUGGAGGAAGUCGAAAGAAGCCAGAAAGCAGAAGAUAAAGCAGCUGAAAGAAUUCAAGCUCUUGAAGAAACUUGAGAAACAGAGGGUAGAGAAAGAAAAAGCCCAGGAAGUUUUGGAGGAAAAGACAAACCAAAAAGGUCGCCUGUACACUGUUAGUGUGGCAUUACCAGGGUCAGUACUGGAUAAUGCCCAAUCUCCAGAGCUCAGGACAUACUUAGCUGGUCAGAUAGCGCGUGCCUGCACUGUGUUCUGUGUGGAUGAAAUUGUCGUCUUUGGUGAAGAGGGAGAUGAUGAAAAGAAUGUAGAAGGUGAAUUUCAAGGAAUUGGGAGAAAAGGACAUGCCAGUGUGCAGCUUGCACGCAUUCUGCAGUACCUCGAAUGUCCACAGUACCUUAGGAAAUCCUUUUUUCCAAAACAUCAGGAUCUGCAGUUUGCAGGCCUCCUGAAUCCACUCGAUAGUCCACACCACAUGAGGAUGGAUGAGCAAUCUGAAUACCGUGAGGGAGUGGUUGUUGAUCGGCCCAGUAAACUCCAGAAAGGAUCAUUUGUAAACUGUGGCAUGAGAAAGGAUGUACAGAUCGACCGACAACUCCAACCUGGUUUACGGGUUACCGUCCGACUACACAAGAAUGAGAAGCCAGAGAGCAAAGCUUUGAAGGGCACAGUUGUUGCACCACACACCCCGCGCACAGAAUCUGGCCUGUACUGGGGUUACACGGUGCGACUUGCUUCAUGCCUCAGUGCUGUGUUCACAGAGUGCCCAUUCAAGGAUGGCUAUGAUCUCUCAAUUGGCACUUCUGAACGAGGGUCAAACAUUGACAGUGUUACAUUUCCCUCAUUCAAGAAUUUGUUGGUGGUGUUUGGUGGCCUUCAUGGACUUGAGGCCAGUGUAGACGCUGAUCAAAACCUCAAUUUUACGGAUCCCAGUGUCCUUUUUCACCAGUAUCUCAACACCUGCCCUGGUCAGGGCAGCCGUACCAUCCGCACUGAGGAAGCUAUUCUCAUUACCCUAUCCACGUUACGACCGAAGAUUGACAUGGCAGUUGGAAAUUCUGCUUCAAAUUGAAAGUGUAAAUAUUUUGCAGCGUGCCACCCCUGCAAUCUGCUAACAUCAUGAAGGACCAGCAUUCACCGGCCAUUAUUCAUCUUCCUGACUGACCCCAGAGCCUGACUGCAGAUGGGGUGUGAUGCAAUGGAGAGUCCAUAUGUUGAAAUUCUGCAGCAUGUGCUUUCCAACAGUGAAACGGUGAUGAAGAUUUAAUCAUGACUUGAUUCAUCUUCAAGCAAUGCAUCAACUCGAUGAGGACAGGAAUAAAUGCUGAAUAUUGCUGGCUUUAGUCUGGCUCAGAUAUCACCUCUGGUUGUCUGUCAGACUCGUACUGAAUGGAGUAAAUCAAACGUGUUUGCUGAUUGCAUCUCUUCUGGAUGUAUGACCAGAACUGUUCCUCCAGUGCUUUUCUUGGGAUCAUCACAGUGUUACAAUUCAGAAGUUAGGCUGGUUAUUUACUUAAGAACUAAGAGGAGGAGUGAGACACUUGGCCUCUCAAGCCCGCUCUGCCAUUCAAUAAGAUCAUGACCCUGACUGCUUCGUAUUCCUACCUGCCCCCGAUAAUGUUUCAUCUUCUCUUUUAAAAAAAUUCAAGGACUCUGCUAGCACCACCUGUUUGAGGAAGAGAAUUCUGACAACUUGCGACUCGCUGUCAGAAAGUAAUUCUCUGCCUCUGUCUCAAGUAGGCAGCCCUUUAUUUUGAAAGGUGUAUUAUUGAUGAAUUAUGUCACUUAGGUUUUGAAUAAAAAUUUAUUUUUAAAAUA